AAUUUUGUUUUUUUUUUUUGGUUUUUUAACACAAAUCCCCAAGAAUCGAAUUCAUUCUAAUUAGAAAUAACGCGAUAUAACAACAUUGCAAUUUCCAAUUGGAUAUCAUCAUCUAAACUGAACUUUUUCCAAUCGGAACCAUUCAAUCGAUUGAAACCAUUUUAGUACAUGAAUUUGCAACAAUUGUCAGUUAAAUUGUUUGUUUUGAGCCAAGGAAAGUGCGCGGUUUAGGCUAUAGCUAUCGCUUUUGCGAAGUGAUUGCAAUCGUGUACAAAAACAGUAGAAUUAUCUCCAAUACACCGUUCAGAUAUGCCUACAGCAAUGCCAUACACGGACGUACAUCGCGCGUUCCUGCAAGCUAUAUCCCACCAUGGAACGAUGAGUGGCAAACAGGCCUACAAGGCAUUGCUCGCUAUAUACGCAAAAUAUCAUGACAGCGAAGAGAUCCCAACGGAGGACGAGAUCCCCGAUAUCGUCGCUUCCAUCAACGGCAAGAUCUUCCGGUACGAUCAGAAGAUUUGCUUCGUUCACUACGAACCGGCCGAUACGGACUUCUACGUGUUCUGCAAUCAAGUGGAAUCGCAGAUCGAUCGAUUGCAGAACUACUAUACGGAAUCGGAAACGGCCCUCUUCCGGUUGAUCCUACGGGAGUUGGCAGGAACCGAAGAGCACAAGCUGAAACCGAUUCUGUGCCUCAAUCUGACGGCGGAGAUCCAGGGGAAGCCGCUUAGCAAGGUGCGAGCCGAGCAGCUGUUGGACCAGUGGGAAAAACUCGGGUAUUUUGUGCUGCUGGACGGGAUGUGGCAUUUCGGUCCGAAGACGAUCGGCGAAUUCGAUCGGUAUCUGGCGGCCAACUAUCCAGAUCAGAUGCAGCGGUGCAAGCUGUGCAAGGAAUCGGUGUUCUAUGGUGUUCGAUGUGAUAAGUGUCCCGAAUCAUUCCAUAAAGAUUGUAUGAAGAAGUAUCUUAGAAGGUUGACAAACUGUCCUGGGUGCAAAAAUCUGUGGUCAACUCCUGUUUGAUGUAUUAUUUAUUGUGUGUAUCGUUUAAAGCAUUUUUAAUAAAAAAAAAGUUCAUAUUUUUGUAA